CUUUGGUGCCUCUCUUACCUGGUGCCGCCGGGCUCGGGCACGGUGUGAGAGGGUGCUUGUCCUGUCCACCUCGAUGAGGGAGCUGGGUUUGGCAACCAGAACCAGAUUCAGGCUGUCACUGCUUCUUCCCUCCAUUUGCAUGUGCUUUGGAAUAGUGGGUGUUUCAAUCCUGGUAGGAGUUAAACCAACCUGCAGCAAAUAUGGCAGACGAGGACCUUAUUUUUCGUAUGGAAGGCAUUGACAAUGCCAGAACGGCCACAGCGAGCUCUGGGGAUUACCUUGAUGCUGACAGUGAUGACGAAGACAGUUAUUUUAUCUGUCCAAUAACUGAUGAUCCAGUUUCUGACAAGUCUGCCAAUACCAAAGUAGACAAUUAUUACAGCAGCUUAGCAAAAAGUGAGCAGUACAGUUCAAGCUCUUCUCCCAGAAGCUUUAGCUUUAAGAAUGACACACAGCAUCGUUCUAAGCAUGGCUCUGUGGUUGACCAUGGUCGGGAAACCUGGAAACAUGCUAUUGAGAAAGCCAAGCACAUGCCUGAUCCCUGGGCAGAAUUCCACCUGGAGGAUGUUGAGACAGAACACGCCACUCGUUACAGGUACAAUGCUGUUACUGGGGACUGGGUUGAAGAUGAAGUCCUUAUCAAGAUGGCUGCACAACCUUUUGGCCGUGGAGCGAUGCGAGAGUGUUUCAGAACGAAAAAGCUGUCCAACUUCUUACACACGCAGAACUGGAAAGGUGCCUAUAACUAUGUGGCCAAGCAAUACAUAGAGAGUGUGAGCAGGGAGGUGUAUUUUGAGGAUGUCCGACUGCAGAUGGAAGCAAAGCUCUGGGGAGAAGAGUACAACCGGCACAAGCCACCCAAACAGGUGGAUAUAGUCCAGACCUGUAUUAUUGAAAUGAAGAAUAGACCUGGAAAGCCUCUCUUUCAUCUGGAACAUUACAUUGAGGGCAAAUACAUCAAAUACAACUCCAAUUCUGGAUUCGUGCGGGACGACAACAUCCGUCUCACUCCGCAAGCCUUCAGUCACUUCACCUUCGAGCGCUCAGGACACCAACUCAUUGUUGUUGAUAUCCAGGGAGUCGGAGACCUUUACACGGACCCUCAGAUCCACACGGAGAACGGGACAGACUUUGGAGAUGGCAACCUAGGUGUUCGAGGUAUGGCCUUGUUCUUUCAUUCUCAUUUCUGCAACAAGAUCUGCAAAAGCAUGGGACUUGAACCAUUUGAUCUUUCAUCCAAAGAGAAAGAUGCCUUGGAUUAUAAUAAAAAAUUGCUUGAAUCUGCCCAGACCAUCCUCCGGGGCACGGAGGAGAAGUGCGGCAGCAGCCGGGUGAGGACGAUGUCGGGCAGUCGGCCCCCCCUGCUCUUCCGCCUGUCCGAGAACUCGGGAGAUGAAAGCAUGAGCGACGUGGCCUUCGACUCCCUGCCCUGCUCCCCUUCCUCAGCAACCCCUCACAGCCACAGGGUGGACAUGCUUAAUUGGCCUGUGUUCAAUGAAGUAGAUAACUUGGUUCACAAAGACUAUGAUCAGCUUGAUAACCAAAGGGAUUUUGAAAAUGGUGGAGACAGUGGAUACCCCAGUGAAAAGAGAAGUGAGAUGGAAGAUCUGGAUCACAGAGAAAGGGGCCAUUCAAACAACAUCCGGAGACAGGAGUCUGAUGAAGACAGUUUGGGAAGCUCUGCAAGGAUCAGUGUGGAGAAAUGGAAUCUGUACAACUCUUCCAGAGUUCAUGUCCACAGACCAUCCUGUGUUGCCCAAGAAAUCCAGAGGCUCAAUGCACUAGAACUUGAAAAGAAAAUCGGGAAGUCAGUCCUUGGAAAGGUCCACUUGGCCAUGGUUCGCUACCACGAAGCCGGGCGUUUCUGUGGGAAGGACAAGGACUGGGACCGGGAGUCGGCCCUGUUUCACCUGGAACACGCUGCAGACUGUGGGGAGCUGGAAGCCAUCGUUGGGUUGGGACUCAUGUGCUUUCAGCUGCCACAUCACAUUCUUUCUGAGGUCACCGUGGAGGACACAAAGGAGAACAGAAAUAAAGGAUUUAAUUACUUGCUGAGAGCAGCAGAAGCUGGAGACCGGCCUUCCAUGAUCCUGAUAGCAAGAGCAUAUGAUACAGGUGUAAAUCUUGGUGCAGACAGAGGCCAGGACUGGAAGGAGGCCCUGCACUGGUACAAUGCUGCGCUGAACAUGACUGACUACGAUGAGGGAGGGGAGUAUGAUGGCACUCAGGAUGAGCCCCGCUACCUGCUGCUGGCCAGGGAGGCAGAGAUGUUAAUGACAGGAGGGUUCCACCUGGAUAAGGAUCCACAGAGAUCAGGUGAGCUUUACACAGAAGCAGCAGAAGCAGCAAUGGAAGCCAUGAAAGGCAGGCUGGCAAAUCAGUACUACCAAAAAGCAGAAGAGGCUUGGGCGAUGAUGGAGGAAUGACACCGAAAUGAAGCAGUUCCUGUAUAUAAAUUUUUUAUAGACUUGCUGCAUUUGCAGCUAAAAAGCUAUAUUUUUAUGUGAUGUUACCAGUUCCUUUUUUUUUUUUUUUUUUUGUAUUUUAGUUUUUAAGGGUUUUUUGAGAGGAGAAAUUCAAAUGUAACUAUGUAGUGCGCCAUAGUAUAGUUCUGUUAGUGUUUUAAAGCUGUAAUACAGACACACUUGACCUUUUGUACUUUUUUAACUGUUAGAGGGCUUAGUUUUUUUGACCAGAAAAAUGAAGCCUUAUUGUUUAGGUUUCACAUGUCCUGGUUUUUUUGCAGCAAAUGAUCAGUGUGUUUACAUUUUUCUUCUUCUCCCCAUGCACAGAAAAACAUUUUCCUAAAUUCUCAGCAGUUCUUCAUCAUUUUUGGUGUAAGUCACCAAAUUUGCACAUAAGUGUAAAUUUUCAGUUCAUGGAUGCAACUACUGAUGUUAAUAAGUAGUCCCAUUCUAUUAUGCUGGUGUUGUUGGACACUUCUUUUAUUCUCAGAUGAAUUCCAGAUAGAAUCCUUACAAUUUGGAGAGGGGUGGGAAAGAUGCUUCAGAUUGGCAGUGAGGAUGUUCAGGAUGGAAUGUUUUAUUCAUCACCAACAUUGCAUAUCACACCAUUAGAAAAUCACUCGUGUUCCUGAUGAGGUGAGGCAUCCAGCUACCUCUCACUUCCACAUUUUGCACCAUAUAAUAGCUUAGUUGUAUAGAAUUCUAUUGAUCUUCCACGUGUCCAAUGAUGUACAGUAGCAAGAUCUGUAAUAUAUGGGUAAUUUGAAGUUAUUUUUACAGUGGCAUCUCAGUUCUCAGUGAAGCUAGAUCAUCUCACUUAAAAUGAGAAUAUGCUUUCCACCGUGUCCAGAGGGGUGUUUGAAAAGGUUAGAUGAUGUUGAUUUGCCUUUUAUAUGUACAGAAAACAAUUUAUAUGGUUUAAAUACCUUUUAAAAUGGUAUUUUAUCUGCAAAUGGUUUCAAAUGUCAGUUAGAGAAAAAUUGCUGGUUAAAAGGGGAGAACAGUGUUAUCCCCAAACACUUGUAUUUGUGUCCUGUUUGCUCCUGACCAGUAAUGGGAGGACAGCUACGUGGUGGUAGUUGAAUUAUCAUUGCAUAGAGAGAAGUUUCUUCCAAAUCUUAUUCCAAAUUUUAUUCCAUCUCUAUGGAUAGUACAGAAGCUGUUCCUAUUCCUUGGGUGUCAUUUUGCAGAAGAUUUAAGGUGGAAGCUUCUGCUUUCUUGGCCUUAGUCUGCUGAGGGUAUAAAUUGAUGUCCGUAAGGGGCAGCCCCUGUCAAGUGCUGAAUAACCUGUAGUGCUCACCACUUCAGCCAAGCUGGUAAAAACAUGCUGAAAGCUAAGCAGGCUGUGAGAUGGUGCAGCUGAACAGGAUUUCUUGCAUGCAUAGCCCAGUAAUAUUAAUUUCUUGUAAAAUGCAGAAACUGCUGAAGGAGCAGAAGUAAGUUCUCCCUGUCCUGUGCAGUGCCUGUCACUGGGCUCUCGCUGUGCUUCCAGUUUUCUCUUCUUCUGGCAAAUGGAUCUUGAAUUGCUGCUCAGACAAUAUCCAAGGAUGAUGUUAAUAACAACUGCCACUGUCUGAGAGAUCUCCUGGUGGUUAAGGGGGUGAGAUAUAAAGGUUUGAAUCCUUUCAAGGAGAGAGGGGAGUUAUCUUUGGAUGUUCUGCUUCUGGGUGGGUGCUGUAACCACCAGGCAAUUGUAGCCACGAGUGCUCUUACAACACUGUGACGGUUUGGCAGCAUCUUGUGUGCAUUGCAGGGCUCGUGGGACAGCACUGCCCAUGGCCUUUUUAGUUUGUUUUUGUUUU